AUAUGUAAAUUUUUUCUAGCGCUCAAUUUGGUUAGUUUGCCCUUAUUGGUCAUCAGGGAACUAUCGAUAAAUUACUGUGGAAAUCAAGAUUUUAUGCUUUAAUACUGUUGAUUUACUAUUUCGACUAUGUCUUAGUUGCAUAUGAUUGUCAUUGGUUCUGUGUUAUACUUUAAUUAUCGUGCGGAACUCCAUCAUAUUUAAUUGUUGAUAAAAUACGUAUGACUGUAAUUUUAGUCAGGGUUCUAUAUUAUGUGAAUCAAACAACAAAUAUACUUUAGUGUAGACAGAAUUAUUGAUAAAAACACCGGUCAGCAAAAUCUAAGUCUUACUUUUGUUAUUAUCAACAUCCCCCACUCCUUGCUCGCUUUGCAUCGUGGAAUAGCUUUCAGACCUUUUACCUCAACACACAAUCCCUAGUCUAUUCAAUCUUGAUACGUAGUACGAUUGUAGGCUUGGUCUCAAGUAGAAUUUGAGGUACCGUUACUGCUGAAUUUUCGCUAUUGAUAUAUGGGUUUUAGCGAACAGUUCAUAUGAGAUUCAUUAAGGAUUCCUGUUAAACAAUUCCCAAAAAUAUACUGUAUUAGUAAGAUACUCAUAGUCCAAAACAAGUGCCUGCUAAUGUCCUAGCCUCUCUUAUUACCACAUUAGGUUCUUAAAGAUGUUAGGUGUCUUGUGAAACAGUUAACAUAUAAAACUGAAAGCUUUAUCUCAGUGCAAUCAGUGCUUGUCUUUGUUUAAUAAGUUUUUAAAUUUGUUCUAAAUUAGCUUUUCUAAUUGCUGGUUUAUGGUGCUGGUUGUCAUAUUUCCCUGAUACCAAUAACUCGAGGUUAAUGCAUAAUGAACCUCUAAUCAGUUACCGCCAAAAAAGAUGGUUGAGACAUCAGCAUAUUAUCUCUAGGUUUGAGUGGCAUGAUCUACUCGAGCUCGCUUUCGAACGAACACAAAACUAUCAACAGUGACUAGUAUGGACACUUGCUAUUGCUAAAAUCAAAUUCUUAUCCCCACAAAUCUGUAGAAAACGACUUAUUCAAAUGCACUAAGUCCCAGUAUUUUUACGAGCAGUUCAUUAUCGCUUGUUGACAGUCUUGUUAGUCGUUGUGGAUACAUUUUGAAUGAUCGUGUACAUUGUGUUUUUGAAGCUUUGCUUAUUCAUAUAUUCAUCUUUCUAAAAACAAAAUCUCGUAAAAUUAAGUCACACUUGUAUUCAGUAGUAUUUAGUAGUCCUUCGACCUAUAAUAAUCUCUUGAAAUUCUCCUUCCUAUUAACAUUAUCACAAAAUCGUUUCAUCUUCAUUACGAAUUUUCAAACCAUCCAACUUUCAGUCAUCGAAUCUUUGCUUAUAAUCCCACUUCAUCUACUUUAGUCUGGUAUAUUGGAUAGCAUUGUAGCGUUUAAAAUUAUUUGUUAUACUUAUUUAAACUGGUCACCAACUGAUUAUGAUUCAUGUAUCCUAUAUUUUAUCACCCACUAAGGUAUUCUUUGCAUACUCAUGCCUAACACUACUGUGAGUUUAUACUAAUGAAAAAAGUAGCUGUUUACCCUAAUUCCAAUAGUUUUUGUAAAUAGUGCACAUGAUGUUCAUGAGCUUAUCCGAAAGACUUAACAGGUUCCUAAAGUACAAUUAUAUUGGAUGAAUCGAAAGUAGUUCUUAUAUAAAAACACUUGAUAUUUGGUACCCACUACGAUGUUUAGAGUCUAGGGUGGGAUAAAGACUAUAAAUGCAUUGAGGAGCACCCCUAAACCUAUCUCAUCCUCAAGUAAGCCAUCCACCUGUCUUGCAAUCUUCGCAGUAAUAUAGAAGCAAAUAUUUCAAAAUAAAAUAUCGGGUACAUUCACCAAUCAUAGCCCCAUACUCUGUGUAGGGUGUUUUUGAGGAUAACCACAACUGUGCCUUCAUUGUAGAGUGAUGGAAAACUGGACUUUAAAUCUUUUCAAUAACGCGACCAGCUAUCUACCCAAAUUAUCGUAUUUAUUCUUCAAAAGAGGUCAGAGGCAGAUCAUAUGGGCUAAACGUCUCAUGACGUUGAAAAACAGAAUUUCUCAUCUAAUUCAGCUUUGUCCUUUUUAGUCGAUAUUCAUUAACCAAAAGGAGUAGCGUGGUUUGUUCAAAGUCUUUCGGAUAAUAUGCCAGCUAAUUCAUUUUAAAGUGUUCCACCUGGUGCUUUGGACUUCGCGAAAAUUACUAAUUGACGUCCUGUCAACCCCACGGGUUGCUUCAUCCACAGAUUUCUUGUUACUAGUAGAUUGAAUGGUCUGGAAUGGCCUGUAGUGCUCACCAGCUACAGCUUCUAUUUUCACCGGAAAAACUUUAGGUCUGGCCUUUUUGCCUUUGCAUAGGCCGUUUACAUUCUUGCUCGUAUGAUUUUGAGCUCAUCGUUGUACCCUUAAUCCGGGAAGAAAAUCGAUAGGCCUCAGGAAAUUCUUAUAGAAACCCACAGAAAUUCUCUAGUCUAGUAGUACGUAGAUAGCUUUCUGUGUUGGGUCUCUUAAGAUAAUUGGUCCGGAAAUAGACGUAAAUGAUACUGCACACUUGACUAAGAUCUUAAAUGCAAGUUCCAUAUUCACUGUUGAUUCAAAAUCAGAGUUUUAUAACUCCUAGUAGCACUUUUAUGGCCAACAAUCUGCUCCAAGUUUCGAGCAUGUAUUCUUGUCUUAUCUCUCGAAAAAGCAUUUGGCGCUCGAAAGGUAUAAGUAAGACCUUUCUGGAAUGAUCUGUUGGCUUGCGUAUAUAUUAAGGUGUUUAGUGAGAAAAAAGACCUUUGUCCAUACCUGUUAUGUAAACUUGGAAUAUAUAGGCCGUCAGUUAUCAUAGUGAAUUUCCGAUUGAUUAGAUUUUGCUUUAUCACCUUGAAAUCUUCAUGGGAAGUAGUAUAGGUAGCAUCUUUAGAACGCUAGUUUAGUAGUUCAAGCCUUAUGGGCUGCAGAUUACAGGCUCACUUCAACUAUUUUGGUUUAGGUAGCAAAUGGACAGUGAAUACCGGCUACAUAUACCAGCAAUUUGUUGAUGAGUUUUGGCCAGGAAAUUAUUAAUAAUAUUCAAAAUGUACCUAUCGUUUUUAUUGAUCAGUGAAUAUAAAUGUUUUGCUCUCAAACUUUACUUCUCAUUUCCUAGGAUCACGUUUUCUUAAAUAGUUUUACGACUUUUUGUAUACGUAGUUAGUUGAUAAGAAAGCUAAUCUAGGCGGAAUAUUAGUAAAGGUUUGUAAUUUUCAACUGUUUCUAUUCAGGACUCCAGUUGAUCAGUCACUGUUGUCGUAUGUCCAUCCUAAUUAUCAACAGUGAGAAAUUGUAAACUCUUUGUAGUACUUUUAUAUUCCUUGAACAAGAUAGUGGCCAUCUGUGCUUAGUAACUCAGUAGAUAAAGCUUUUGUUUUUAAAAUAUCAGCGUGAACAUUAACAGUGAAACGCAGGUACAUCCAGCUAAUGAAUUCAAAAUAAGACGCAGUAUGCAUCCUGGAUGCGAUUGCUAGCUAUAUCACGGCAAUCCGCUAAAAAUACACAUGGCAUUAUAGACUAGUCAAUUGCAGUCUUAAAUAUUAACAACGGGAAAUUACGAACCCUCAAUAAAAUUAUACAAACAUAAAGAUUGACUGGGAUUUUUAUACAGAUCUUGUAAAUAAACAGUUCUUUGUGUCGCUUUUGUUAUAGGAUUUUCAUAUACAUGUGGUUUUUAUAUAUGUUCAAGAGUAAAAAACUAAUUAUCAGAUGGAUGUCCACUCAAUGUUAAUGAUACUAUCCAUCAUUAUUGUUCUUAUAACCGACACAUCCACGCCAGAUCCAGCGUGGUUUAUACUUGUCUAUUUAUUUACGCUUUUAUUUCCGUCUUACUAUCAUUUUAGCUCAUGAAGGAAAUAAAUGCUCAUGUUGGAGAAUCAUCCUUAAUUUCAGAAGAUAAGCUUCCUGAAACAAACAAUAUCGUACCUCAAGAGUUACCCAUUUCUUUAACUAUUUUACAUAAUCGCACGAAGCAUCAUCUGGUUUUCCAAUCAUCCACAACUAUUGCUGAAGUUAAACAGUCUAUAGAACCUUUAACACACGUACCUGUAGAUAUGCAAAAACUAAUAUUUCGCGGAAUAUUGUCGAACAAUACGACGCUUGGGGAGUUGUCAUUACCCGGUAAGGAUGCUAAGCUGAUGCUGGUCGGUACAAAACCUUCUGAAGCAGAGCAAGUUCGUUUAUCUGAAGCAAAUAAUCAUGCUAAUGAAGAAAUUUUGGAUGAUUGUCGAUCGGAAGUUACGAUGGACUGGUCUGACCAGACCGAGCACAAACAAGUUUUAGAACGUUACGGAAAACCGGAGAAUGCUAUGGUCGGAAUAUUAAAUACAGAAGAAAUUUUAGAUCCUAAUGAAUGUUUACUUGGCCUUUGUGACAAACGUGGGCAAGCGUUGAGGUUAAGGAUUAAGCCAGAUAGUGGAGAAUUGUGGUUAGCUACAAAGGAUGUAACUCAUAAAUUCCCUUUAGCCACUAUCCAUGAUGUAGUCAGUCAACCUAUUAAAGAUCAUCCUGAAUAUCAUAUAAUGGCUUUUCAGUUGGGUCCCACUCCAAAGUCUCGUUAUUUUGUGUAUUGGCUACCGUCUCAGUAUGUGGAGUCGAUCAAGACAAUGGUAUUACAAUACAAAAUAAUUUCUUCAUUAAGUGGUGCGACCGGAACGAAUAAACCACUUUAA